GCCGCUGGAAAAAACAAGAAAUUUACAAGUCAUCGGCAGAGCAGAGAGUUUGCCAAAAAGAUCGGCUUUAAUUGUAUUUAAACAAAGAUAUAAAUUUAACAAGAGUAGGUAAGCUUAGGUAACCAGAUAUGGCUCAGACUCUGGAGGAUAAAUCGAUUUGGGAGGACGGCGAGGAGUCGCUGGGCGAAGAGGUGAUGCGUAUGUCCACCGAUGAGAUUGUGAGCAGGACUCGCUUGAUGGACAAUGAGAUCAAGAUCAUGAAGAGCGAGGUAAUGCGCAUCACGCAUGAAAUCCAAGCUCAGAACGAAAAGAUCAAGGACAACACUGAGAAGAUAAAGGUUAACAAGACGCUUCCUUACCUGGUUUCUAAUGUCAUAGAGCUGCUGGAUGUGGAUCCCCAGGAGGAGGAGGACGACGGUUCGGUGACCGUAUUGGAUAACCAGCGUAAGGGCAAGUGCGCCGUCAUCAAAACAUCCACUCGACAGGCUUAUUUCCUGCCCGUCAUCGGCCUGGUGGAUGCCGAAAAACUGAAGCCAGGUGAUUUGGUUGGCGUCAAUAAAGACUCUUACUUGAUCCUGGAGACCUUGCCAGCGGAGUACGAUGCCCGCGUCAAGGCCAUGGAGGUGGAUGAGCGUCCAACAGAACAAUACUCUGACAUUGGUGGCUUGGACAAGCAGAUCCAAGAGCUUAUCGAGGCAGUUGUGCUGCCCAUGACCCACAAGGAAAAAUUCAAAAACCUUGGCAUUCACCCUCCUAAAGGUGUUCUCUUGUAUGGUCCUCCUGGUACUGGUAAAACUUUGCUGGCUCGUGCCUGCGCCGCUCAGACCAAGUCAACCUUCCUCAAACUGGCCGGCCCCCAGCUCGUGCAGAUGUUUAUUGGUGAUGGCGCCAAGCUGGUGCGCGAUGCCUUCGCUCUUGCCAAGGAGAAGGCUCCUGCCAUUAUCUUCAUCGAUGAAUUGGACGCCAUUGGUACCAAGCGAUUCGAUUCAGAGAAGGCCGGUGAUCGCGAGGUACAGCGAACCAUGUUGGAGCUCCUUAACCAGCUGGAUGGAUUCAGCUCCACGGCAGACAUCAAGGUAAUUGCGGCCACUAAUCGUGUCGAUAUUUUGGAUCCAGCUCUGCUGCGGUCAGGUCGUCUGGAUCGUAAGAUUGAGUUCCCACAUCCCAACGAAGAGGCCCGUGCCCGUAUUAUGCAGAUCCACUCACGUAAAAUGAACGUUAGCAACGAUGUAAAUUUCGAAGAGCUGUCCCGAUCGACGGAUGACUUUAACGGCGCUCAGUGUAAAGCUGUAUGUGUUGAAGCCGGUAUGAUAGCCCUGCGCCGAUCCGCCAAUUCUGUUACGCACGAGGACUUCAUGGACGCCAUCAUGGAAGUGCAGGCGAAGAAGAAGGCUAAUCUUAACUACUACGCUUAGGCUAGAAAUUUGCAGUUUAACUCCACAUUGUCCGCUCCCAUUAAAAUAAACCAUGAAAAUAUAA